CGAUAAUGUGUAAAUGCUAUCACUAAGUCCGCAGUGAAUUGAAGUCUAAUACGGCAACGAAAUAUUUCAAAAAUACAGAAAACCCUAUCGCAACCUUAUCUCCCAUUGUGUACUAUCAUACUCUCAUCGCUAUUGCUCCAGCAAUAUUCAAAUACCCAUUAAUUAGUUUAAAAUGACGUGGUGGGUAUAAUAUCUCAACAUCCCAUCAGUGUAUAAAUGUACAACAAAUUAUUACUUCAACUUAUUCCAAUUUGAAUUGUUUAGUGUAUCAGAGGUCGGAAUACCCAUAUCACGCCGCGAGGGUAUCCGUUUGUCGAACAGUGUACACGGUCAGUAUUAAUAAUUGUUGUUGCUAGAACAAACACAAGUUAACAAUGGCGAAAAUAUUGGAUAGUAGUCCCAAUGCGGCACUCAAUAAAUCGCUUCUACAGCAUUACCUUACUCUGCCCAUUCCAGACGGAAAAUGCCAGGCUACCUAUAUUUGGAUUGACGGAUCAGGAGAAAAUGUCAGAUGCAAAACUAGGACUUUAGAUUUUGUCCCAACAUCACCGAAAGAACUACCAGUUUGGAACUUUGACGGAAGUUCGACAAAUCAAGCAAAAGGACACAACUCCGACGUCUUCCUGUGCCCAGUAGCUAUGUACAAAGAUCCAUUCCUCAGAGGAAACAACAAAUUAGUCUUAUGUGAUACAUACAAAUACGAUAGAACCCCCACGGAAACUAAUCAUAGAGUAACAUGCCUGCAGGCCAUGAGCGCAGCAAAAGAAGAAAAACCGUGGUUCGGAAUCGAACAGGAAUACACAUUGUUAGAUAUGGACUUACGCCCUCUUGGCUGGCCCAAGCACGGUUUCCCAGGACCCCAAGGACCUUACUACUGUGGUGUUGGAGCUAACAAAGUAUACGCCCGUGAUAUCGUCGAGGCACACUAUAGGUGCUGUUUAUAUGCUGGUGUCACAAUUUCCGGAACCAACGCUGAAGUUAUGCCUGCACAGUGGGAAUACCAAGUAGGACCUUGUGAAGGUAUUUCAAUUGGUGAUGAAUUGUGGGUCUCCAGGUAUAUCUUACAGCGAGUAGCCGAAGAUUACGGUGUAAUCGUAACUUUCGAUCCCAAACCGAUGGAAGGUGACUGGAAUGGAGCUGGAGCUCACACGAACUUCUCAACCCAGACUAUGAGAGAACCAAAUGGCAUUGGUGAAAUUGAAAAAGCUAUUGAAAAACUUAGCAAAAACCACGCUAGACACAUCAAAGCCUACGACCCUAAAGGAGGAAAAGACAAUGAACGUCGUCUUACUGGCAAACACGAAACAUCUUCUAUCCAUGACUUUAGUGCUGGUGUUGCAAAUCGUGGAGCAAGUAUCAGAAUUCCCCGUGGCUGUGCUGAAGACAAGAAAGGAUACUUGGAAGACAGAAGACCUGCCUCAAAUUGCGAUCCUUACUCUGUAUCUGAAGCUAUUAUCAGAACAGUCUGUUUAAAUGAAUGAAUGUAGAAUGUACACCUAUUUGUAUUAUACUUCUUUACACAUUUUAUAAGUUAAUGUAUUUUAUGUAUAAUAUAGGUAUUGUUUUAAUUUAAUUUUCCAAAUUAGCUUUAAAUUAAAAUCCAUCAGUUUAUUAUGAUGGUAUAGUUAUCACUUUACACGAAAUAAUAUUUUGUUGCUAUUUGUAUAUGUAUUCUAUUAAAUAAUAUCUAUCGAUAU